AUGGAGUGGAUUGAUGAUAUUAAAUUGUUAGAAAACAUGACAUCUAAUAAUAAUGCUAAAGAUAAAGACAAAGAUAAAGAACUUGAAGUACCGAUCUUUGAACCUAAUAAAGUAGAAUGGGAUAAUUUUGAUACAUAUUUGAAUAAAAUUUCAAAAUUUAGUUAUUUAGUUGGUAUUUGUAAAAUAUUACCUUAUGAUACAGGUCACAAGAAUAAUGCUACACAAUACAAUGACGCUACUACUACCACCACCACCACUGCUACUAAUAACAGGCAAAAAUAUAAUGGGGAACAUUUUAUUGUUGAAUUAAAAAAUAAUAAUAGUACACAUAACAAUAGUGUGCAUCUGUUAAAUACCCAUUCUUAUAAUGAUAAUGAUUUUAAACAGAUUAAAUAUAAAACCAACUUGGAACACCUGAAUAAUAACACUUUUAAUGAAGAUACUAUUUGGGAUAAUCUAUUAAAUUAUUCUGCAUAUUAUACCCUUUUUGAUAUCAAUUUAAAACAUGACAACAACAAUAAUGAUUAUAAUAAUAAUGAUAAUAAUAAUAUUCAGACUCCUAAAGAAAAACAAUUGUAUAAUUUUAUUUUAAGUAAUAGGAACAUUUCUUUAUUACAAGAUGAUUCUAAAAUUAAAUUUGUAGAAAGUUCAGUUGGUUUAAUCAAAAAUUGGGAAAUUUUGGAAUCAAGUACUUUUAAGAUUUAUUAUUUACAUGACAAUAAUAAAAUGAAGAAGAGUGAACAUUAUAAUAAUAAAAAUAAUUAUAAUAAUAAUAAAAGUAUCAAAGACAACAAAAACAACAUACGAAUUUGGUAUUCAAUUAUUGAAGAUGAUAUUUGUAAAUUUUACAAGAUUUUAAGAGAAAAUUUAGAUUUAAAGCUAAAAAUUUCAAGUGCACAGAAAAAUUUAAACCAAAAAUUUAUUGAUUACGAUGAUUUUAUAAUACAUCCAAAAUGGUUAAUUGACCAUGACAUCAGAUUUACCAAAACUAUUCAAUAUAGUAAUGAAAUGAUUGUUUUAUUCCCAUAUUCAUGUACUUUUGCUUUAGAUCUAACUAAUGACAAUAGAAUAUCUGAAAUCCAAUUUAAUUUUAAAGUAAAUCAUAACAGACCAACUAUAUUACAAAACUGUCUAUGUAUUGAUAAUAACAAUAAUAGGAAUGAAAAAAUUAAAGAUAAUCCUACAAAUAUUAUGAAUUGUACUACUAUUCCCACCAUGAUAGCCCUUAAUAGUUCCACUAAUAUCCCCAGAUCAACGUUAGAACAUUCAUUAUCAACAAAUGAAUUCAAUGAAUCUAUUAGUAGGAUUUCUUCGCCUCUAUUUUCUAGAUUAUUAAAUACAGGAAAUACCACAACAACCACUUUAAGUAGUGGAGGUACAAAUUAUGAUGAUAGUCUCAAUAUCAAUGAAAAGGGGAAUCAUGGCGACACAUUUUUAUUACCAUCUAUUGAAAGUGUAGCGAAUAUUAACGACAGACUACACUAUGACAAUCAAACUAAUUUAGAUAUAAAUUAUGAUAAAAAUAAAGUUGGACCUUAUCUAACAAAUUCAUCCUCUUCUGAUAUUAUUAAUGAUGACUUACAGCAAAAACAUAUCUUUAAGAAUAAGUUCAUUCCGGCUUCAAAUAUUAUGAUGAAUGUCAAUUCUUCCACUCAAAUAUCCAAAACCAUGACAUCUCCAUCGCAUGUACCUUUACCGCCAUUACUUACUCCACAGUUGGAAAACUAUAAAUUAGUUACUACUAAUCCUGCAACGUUGACAAGUUCAACCAAUCAAAUGUUAUCAAAUAAUAAUAACAACAAUAACAGUAGUGACAGUAAUAAUAAUACCAUUGCUAACACCAGUAAUAUCAUUAAUAAUAGUAAAUGUAAUACUACCAAUUUUAACUAUACAGGUUACUAUCCAAACCCAGAACAAAUAUGUCUUAACACAUCUACAACAAGGAAUGAUAUGAUAAGAAGAAUUGCUUCACCAAGUUUUUUGCCCUUAAAUAUUUCAAGAGGAAUCACUGAGAGUCCCCUAUCAUUAUCAAUGACUGUUCCAUUAUCAAACGAAAAUUUUGGAAGAUAUAAUAUAAAUGUAGGAUAUGGCACUGUAAACAAACCAAGUAAGUUAAUGAAUUCUUCUUUAAUGGUUAAUAAUGAACCAAACUAUUUUACCCAUAAUGGAAACAUAACUAAUCCUUAUUCUUUACUAGAAAAUGGUUCCUUUCAUAAUGAUAGUAUGGAUUUAAUCGAAAAUGACCUUGAAAUUAAUGAUAGGACCAAUAAAAAGGAAAAAUUGGGAAAAGGAGUAUCAAAGAAGAAGGAGAAAAGGUAUACUACUUUAGAUUAUAACAAUUUAUUAUAUAGUAGAUUUCAAGAACAAGAAAAAUUUAAUCAAGAUAACACUGUCUCAAAUGCUGCUCCGACUAAAGAAGAAAGACAUUUUAAUGUGGAACAACAUCAACAAAUUAUCAAUAAUUCACAAAGUACUUUUACCUCACAUCAAUCUCAAACUAGAUUUCUACCUAGUGAAGUGUUGAUAACAGACUCUGGCAAAGUUUAUGUAUGUUGUGAUUGCAAGAGACAGUUUUCUUCUGGUCACCACUUAACCAGACAUAAAAAAUCUGUUCAUUCCGGUGAAAAACCACAUUCCUGCCCCAAAUGUGGCAAAAAGUUUAAAAGGAGGGAUCAUGUUUUACAACAUUUAAACAAGAAGAUACCUUGUAAAUGA